AGAUGAAAGCCUUCCUAGUGAUUUUUGCCUUGGCUCUGGCAGCAGUAGCCACCAAAGCCCGAACGAUGGAUAGAUGUUCCCUGGCCAGGGAGAUGUCCAAUCUGGGGGUUCCCCGGGAUCAGCUGGCCAGGUGGACCUGCAUUGCCCAGCACGAGAGUUCCUAUCGCACAGGAGUCGUGGGUCCAGCCAACUCGAAUGGAUCCAAUGAUUAUGGCAUCUUCCAGAUCAACAACAAGUACUGGUGUAAACCUGCAGAUGGUCGCUUUUCCUAUAACGAGUGUGGAUUGAGUUGCAAUGCCCUGUUGACCGAUAAUAUCACCAACUCAGUGAGAUGCGCCCAAAAGGUUCUGAGACAACAGGGAUGGACCGCCUGGUCCACCUGGAAGUACUGCAGCGGAACCCUGCCCUCGAUCAAUAGUUGCUUCUAAAAUCUGAAUAUAUUUCAGUGAUUGUGCUAGUCCCAAAAAAAAGUAUUUUCUGUAUCCGCCCUAAUCAAAAAAUUCUAAAAUUUACUUCCCAAUAAACACAAGUGUUUCUA